GAAAAAAAGAAAAAAUAAUAAAAAAGAUGGGAAAACAAAGAAAAGGGGGACAGGAGAAUGGCGCUGCAGGGGGCACUGCUGGUCGUGUUCGUGACGGGGAUGCUCUCGCUAACACCAACCAAUCCGUUUAGCGUCGUGACUGACGCAUCAAGUCUGCCGAUCGUUUUGGCUCGGAAAGAAUGCGGCUCAAAAUUCGCCUGACUGUUGUCUCCCUCGUGGGAAGAGGACCGAGCAGGGCCCUUUGGCCCCAGCUAUACUGCCCCCGCCAAGCCAUGCUUGGUUUUAUAUACGUUGACCCUGCCGUGGGAAUCGCGAUUUAAUUCAACCGUUUUUCAUUCUUCCUUCUCCCAGUUCCUUGCACUUCUGGAUCCUGCAUUCCAUCCGGUAUCUAUAUUUCAACCAUGGAGCGAUUCCCUUCCACCCCCGUCUUUGCGGACUAUCCGCACGUCGAAGACGGCUCGCCCGUGCAGGACUAUGAGCUCUUCCCGCCGGAAUCGCGCGCCUACGCGGGCCCCUGGCCCGACGCCUCUUACAUCCAUCCACAGGGACAGCUGUCUCUCAUGGAUGCUCCUCCCAAAAGUCCCUUCCUUUCUCCCGCCCCAUGGUACAGCUCGACAGUACUGCCGCAGGGGCUGCCGCACGGGAAGCCGGCGCCCAUGUCCGAUUAUGCCUCUUGGGGCUCCGAUCUAUCCACCACCUCCGGCGCCGAUAGUCCGCGCAGCACCAGCGGCAGCUGGGUCGGCGGUGCCGGUUGCUAUAUGUCGCCUCCGUACACCAGCGACGACGCCAUGCUGCAGGUUCCGGACCACUGGGGGUGCCCGUCGCCCGUCGCGAGCAGCUACCAAUCCGUGUCCCCGGCGCAGGUCUACUACCCCGAUCCGGAACCCAUUGUCAGCCUGGGGGCCCACCCGGUGCCUCUCAUGCGCGACACGCCCCCGGCGUUGGUCUAUCCCACGGCGCCCCACCCGGAGGAGCACCAGCUUCCCGUCCUGGGACGCGUCCCCGAGCACGACGCGGAUGAACUUGCCUCUCCGCCGCCAAGCCAACCACAACCGCGCCGCCAGAAGUCCAAACGCUCCUCUGGUGGCGUGGUGAAGGACAUCACCUCCCGCAAGGACCCCGCCCAGAUGACCGGAUCGGCCUCGCGGUCCGUUGCCAAGCCGCGGAGUAAAAAGGGCAGCAGCACACCCAACCGCAUCUUCAUCUGCAGCUUCUCACACUACGGCUGCCGCAGCACCUUCACCUCCAAGAACGAGUGGAAGCGACAUGUAUCCUCGCAGCACGUCAAGGUAGGCUUCUACCGAUGCGACGUCGGCCGCUGCAACACCAACAACAUGCGCAAGCUGGCGUCCGCGCGCGGCGCCUCCGGCGACGAAGCCCGCCUGUCCAACGACUUCAACCGCAAGGACCUCUUCACCCAGCACCAGCGCCGCAUGCACAGCCCCUGGGUCACCCGCAACAGCAAGCAGCCCGUCACCAGCGACGAGCGCCAGGCGUUCGAAGAGACCCUCGAGGGCGUCCGCAACCGUUGCUGGCAGCAGCAGCGCGCGGCGCCCGAAAAUAGCCGCUGCGGCUUCUGCGGGCAUCAGUUCUCGGGCCAUCUGAGCUGGAACGACCGCAUGGAGCACGUGGGCCGACACUUCGAAAAGGGCGACUUCCAUCCCCACGCCGAGCAGGAGGACCCUGCGCUGCGCCAGUGGGCGAUCGAGGAGGGCGUCAUUGAAACUGUGGGAGGACAGUGGCGGUUGACGUCUGACAUGAAGUGA